GUAAAUUAGGGUUUUGAGAGAGGGCUCCUAGGGUUUCGUUGAGCGCUGUCUCUGUUCAUUGGCAGUUCUGCAGUACGUACUACUACUGGCCUGAGGCUGGGGAUUGCAGUGCAAGUUGGGAACUUGGGGCACGCAUGCAGGAAGAACCUGUGGCAUCUGUCUCCCACCUAGCAGAGCCUGGAGCUGCCUCGAGGGAGGCCUUGGCAAGGUGCACUUUGCAGGGGGCUGUUUCAGAUGGCCUCAACCGCUGCAUUCAGGGGCGCAAGUUGCCCCUGCUCUGCGCACUUAGAAAACGUCACGCAAAAGCGAGGGAACCUUUCGGGGGCCGGAGCGCCUACUUCGUUGGUGCAGCCUUUUACUUCCACCACCGCGCGCAGUGGCCACGUUGUGCAGCGAGUGCGCCAAACAUCUGCUGAAACACCAUUCAAUGAACGCCGUGCUUUGCACCGGCAGGUCUUCUGCGGGCAGCGUUUGAAACAAGUAUCUUGCAUUCAAUCUGAGCGGACAGCAUGCCGGCAAAUAGUGACAGCACAGAACACGAGGGGGGAGCACAAAGCAGGGAGGGAAUUGGCACAUCUGACAAAUGUAGCCAGGCCAGUGAAGGGGGCUUCCGGGGCACCGAGGACGUCGGUGGUAGCCUCCGCUUUGAAAGAGAAGGAGGAGACUGCCAGAAAGGAUUCACUUGAGCCGGAUGACGAUACCUUCUGGCGAUUAAGCGAGCCAUGGGACAUCCCAUGGACUGGAAAGACGACUGCCUUCACCAUGACAGCCUGGCUCAUUGGGUUCGUGUUGACUGGGAUUGCGGUACCGCUGGGUGCUGUCAAGCUGGGGUAUGCUCCAGGAGAUGAUGCAGAUUCAAAGGCCCUCUUCGUCCUGGCAUACGAGUUGGCACAGACAGCCAUUGGGCUGACCAUCAUCUGGGCUUUCACAAAACCAUUUCAACCUUUGGGGGACGAGCUAUUUAAGUUCGAUCUUCGACGGCCGCUAGCCCGAAAAGACGGCUGGGCGCUUUACGCGCUCGGGGGAUUCCUAUUGGCGUUCGGGGCAGUGCAAGCGGCCGCCAGCGCCACCGGGGUCGGACAAGACCCGGACGCUCCUCGUGACGCUGGCGACGCUUUAAUGCAGCUGCUGCCAAUCAUUGGGGCUUCCCCGCUGGGCACUGCGUCACUGAUCGUGGUCACGGGGGUCUGCGCGCCGCUGCUCGAGGAGACGGUCUUCCGGGGCUUCUUCCUGCCGUCUCUCACGAAAUGGUUACCAACAUGGGCGGCGAUUCUUAUCAGCGCCUUCGGUUUUGCUGCCGCGCACGUGACCCCUGGGGAGCUGCCCCAAUUAACCGCCCUAGGUGUUGUGUUGGGUAUCACGUACACACAGACGCGGAAUCUGGCAUGCCCAAUGUUGAUACACUCGCUAUGGAACUCGGGUGUCAUCAUAGUGUUGACGGUACUCAAGGUCAACGGGGUUGACAUCAAAGAAUUUGUGUAGCAUACGAGGAGCUUGACCGUGUUGGAGAUCGCACACUCAAACGCUUUCCGCAUGCGAACGAGCUUCGUGCCUCAAGCUCUGCGGCGAGCAUAGGAAGCUUGGUGCGAGCAGGCUGGGAAGUAGGUUUGCAAUUGACGAAGACGUGGCAAAGGGGAGAGAUUGUCGGAUACAACUUGCAACAGGCCGCCGCACUGGUAACGACAAUCUCACAAUGUUAUUGAGCUGCAAAGAAGUAGUCACGCCAGCCUUUCAACAAGAAUGCCAAGGCCGAUUUUCUAAUUUGGUCGUUUGCAAGAUGCAGCCCAGAAAGUCGACGUCCGGUCGAACCCGUGCACACAUGCAUCUGGCGUGCCUGUCUUGAGGAUUACACGCAUGAGGACGGUGCCCAAAAGGAUUGGCAUCAUUUGUGAAACGAGGACGGUAGCCUUGG